AGGAAGUUUUUCGUGAACAGAACAGCUGAUGGCCCAGGGGUUUCUUUCUUAGCAAGGUCUACGGCUUGCAGGGUGGGCCACUGGAGAAAAAUCCCCAAAGAUGGCUCCAGCUGAGGAUGGGGGACCAAGUGAAGUAUGUGAGGAGCUGGACCAGACCAUCCUUCACUUUUUUGAUGUUCUGGAGUCGCUCCAGACCAAGAGGGAAUCUUUUAACCGCUUGGUGGAACAGGGCUGGUUCUCCCUCUCGAAGUCACGCUAUGCCAUGGGUAACAAGUCUGUCUCUGCUCUGCAGUAUGGGCAUCAGAUGACACCCCUGAUGCAAGUGAACACAAGAAAGAAUAAAGAAGGUCAGGUGGAGUUUCAUGUGGUCUCGGAAGCUGCGGAUACUUCAAAGGCUGAAAAUACAGCAGCCGUUGAGGAAAUUGGCCCCAUGGACCAAGUUCUACGACGGCGGAAGGGUGCAGAGAAAACAGAGGCUCCGGUCCAACCCCAGGAAGAAAUCUCCCAGCCUGCUGAGAAGUUAGGGAAGCAAGACCCUCUAACUUGGUUUGGGAUCCUAGUGCCCCAGAGCCUGCGACAGGCGCAAAAGACCUUCCAAGAAGGAAUCCGCUUGGCCGCAGAAAUCGCUUCAAUGCAAAGUGAAAUCGAGACCACUCGAAGACGGUACCAUGCCUUGCUGGAAGAAAAACGACGGCUCUCAGCCAAAGAGAAUGUCCUUGAACAGUUAUAGCUCCCUCCUUAUCGAGACACAGCUGGUGGCCUAUAUUUAUUGGUUGCAUCCCUGGAAGGCUCCCAGUGGCUUGUCUUUAUCUGUACAUAAUGUUCCGAUUAAUAAAUAAGGACCUUUUCUACAU